UACAUUUUCACGCGUAUGAACUUCCGGUAUAGACUUAUGGCUGUUCAAAAGCAGAGGGUGGUUCUACGCAUUGAAGUGUCAAAAUAAUACAAAACACACGAUUAUUUAGCUUUUUCGUAACACUAUAGACCGUUUUCUGCGGUGAAGUAUUGCUAUAAGCUGACAAUUCUACUUUUCUAACAAACCAUUGAUAAGAGUUUGUGAACAAAGUCUCAAAAGUAAGAUGUCACAACGAGGGGGAGCACAGAGGCCUAAUGGUGCAGCACAAGGAAAGAUCUGUCAAUUUAAGCUUGUACUUCUAGGAGAAUCUGCCGUAGGAAAGUCAAGUCUCGUCCUAAGAUUUGUAAAAGGACAAUUUCAUGAAUAUCAAGAGAGCACAAUUGGGGCUGCAUUUUUAACGCAAACAGUGUGUUUAGAUGACACUACAGUCAAAUUUGAAAUCUGGGAUACAGCAGGUCAAGAAAGAUACCACAGUCUUGCACCAAUGUAUUACAGAGGGGCACAAGCUGCAAUAGUUGUGUAUGACAUCACAAAUCAAGACACAUUUGGAAGAGCAAAAACGUGGGUAAAAGAAUUACAAAGACAGGCCAGUCCAAAUAUAGUGAUAGCACUGGCAGGCAACAAGGCAGAUUUGGCGAACAAACGAAUGGUUGAGUUUGAUGAAGCUCAGGCUUAUGCAGAGGAAAAUAGUUUGUUAUUUAUGGAAACUUCAGCAAAAACUGCCAUGAAUGUAAAUGAUAUAUUUUUGGCAAUAGCUAAAAAGUUGCCAAAAAGUGAUAGUGGUGGUCAGCCUGGCCAGAGACCACAGGCUGGUGUGAGAUUAAAUGAACAGAAUCAGCCCUCAGAAGGUGGCUGUUGUAAGUAAUCUGUGAUCUGAUUGGCUGAACUGUGGGUCAUGUGAUCAUAUUUUGGUCCAAUCAUAAACACUGUAACAUUUUUGAAGAAAAAAAUAAAACAACACACAGAGACAGUGAAAAAGGGAAAGUGUUUCUGCAAAACUUCUUCUGACAUUUAAGGAGAAAGAAACAAUUUUCCAUUGGAUAAUAAAAUAAAAAUAACUUGCAGAAUGAUGUGAAGUUUCAGAGAAGUAUAUUCUUUUUUCUCUGUAAUGGAAUUAGAAAUAAAAUAAAAAACAUUAACCAAGUGACAGAGUGCUCCACCAGUUGGAGAAGAAGAAUUUUACUGAUGUUUUCAUUCAUUUAAAGGAUUCAUACUGCAGUGUUCCUAGUGUUAUAUGAAGAAACAUGGUAGAUGUUAAAUCUCUUUGUCAAGUGAUAAUAUUUUUUUCCUUAUUCUUCUUAUAUUUUACUCAUCAAUUUGUUAAGCAUAUUACUGAUGACUUUUUUUUAUAUCAUUUUAUGGAUUUUUAUU